GCCGUGCGCGAGGUGGUGCGUGCGAGUCAGUGUGUUGUGAACCUCGAGUGGGAAAAGGUCACGACAGUCGCGCUCUCCUCCGGUAUUGUGAACUGGUGUUUGUUUACUUUGCCAACUCGUGUUUCGUCGCUUCUAUGAUCUCCACGCCACUCGUUCUCCUCCUUCUCUUAGUCUCCUCGCCGCACCGCACAGGUGGCGAGGUGGCCGAGGAGUGCUCCGAGUCCGAGCUGGUCUUCUCCUGCCCCGAGGAUGGCCAGGAGUUGGCCAUCCGGGAGGCGUGGCUCUACGGCUCGACGGCCAGAAUCAUGGUGGACCAGGGCCAGGGGGACAAGUGCUACGUGCCCGAGUACAUGGUGUCCUACAAGCAGGGCACCAUCCUCCAGUACAUCAACAAGCAGUGUGGAGGACAGAAAGAGUGCCGCUUCAACGUCACAGCGCACGUCCCCAACGCCAUUGAGAAGAAGGAGUUGUGGGAGGACGGAGUCUUGAGGGUCACCUACGACUGCCUAAGGAAAACAGACAUUGUCAGGGUGUGCGACAGUGAAGUGAGUGCACAGUCAGGAUGGUUGCAGACUGUUGGCUAUCCUCAGUAUUACCUGGGAGGCAAUGGGCCCUGCACUAUAACCAUAAAAGUGGAUGAAGGCCAGCAAAUUCAACUCACACUGACGGAUCUCAGUAUAAGAGAUAUAGUCCAGCCAAAUGAGGAUGAAUGUAGAGAUAGUAUCUCAGUGACUGAAGGCAGGAAGGAACUGUUAAAAAUGUGUGGUGAGAUUAAGCAGCCAAUUACAGUUACUUCUGAGGGACCAGUUCUGAGUCUGAACUUCAAUGCAGUCACAGAUGUAUUCCCAAAACGAGGUUAUGCUGCUUACUAUGAAGCUCUGGGCUGCGAAUCGCCACCCAUUCCUGAGGAUGGUUACCGAUCAUUUCGCAAUGCAACUCAUGCUGAAUACUGGUGUUGCGUCCAUCAUGUAUUCCCAGACACUCUAGAGCGUCGUCGAAUAUUGAAAUGCAACCGAGGAAGCUCCUGGAAUGAUACAGUUCCUGACUGCAUUGAGCUUCAAGAAUUGCUGGAAGUUGGUAAUAUCACAGAGAAAGAGUUCACUGGACUUAUUAAUGGAUCUACAAAUGGUGCACAUGCAGAAAUGUAUCAAGAAGCCCACAUAGUAUAUGAUCUAGUGGUUCCAACAGUGAUUAUGUCUAUUUUGGUCAUAGGCAAUGUGGCCGUGGUCGUGCUUAUCAUUUACUGCCGCAGGGAUGUCAUGGAUGAGAGUUCUCGAAGUGAGGAGCUGGAAUCUAUCAAAGCAAAUCCUGAACCAACUGACACUUUAGAUUCAACACCGUGUAGUGUGUAGAUUUCUGCUGUGCUAAAUAAAUACCAGUUUUAAGGAAGAAUAUUGCUACUGGAGAGAUAAUAAAAAUCAGUGUAAAAGAAAAAAUAUCUAUACAAUCUCAGAUGAUGUAUAAAUGGUGUUAUUUUUGGCCUACAAACAGACAAAAGGAAGAGACCAGUAAUAUACCAUUGUAAGUCCUAGUCAUUAAUAUCUAUCUGUAAUGUCAAGCACUAAUGUAUAUGUUAUUUAUUUAACAUAUCUAGUCAUUAGUUGUGCCAAAUAGUUUUGGUAUUAAAAUAACAAUGUCCCCUAAAGAUCAUGUUGCUGUUUUCUUUUUUUUAAUGAGUACAACUGAAACUAGGCUGCAUUUAGUGGACACUAAAUUAAAAAUGUAAUUAAAGAAUCUCUAAUAAGAUUGCAUAUGAUAAGGAGCUGAAUGACCCACACUUCAACUUAUUUUUCAAACAAAUGAAAUUAUAUUCUUUUAAUGUGAAUCAAAUGGUUGAGUUCUUUAUGAAACAAGGCUUUACAAUUAUCAGUAAAAGCUGAAUUGAAGUCCUUGCACUUAAAAUAUACAAAAGAGUCCAUCAAUAAAUGUCAUAAAAACAUUUAAAUUCUUUGGUGUAAUUUAUAUGUUCAUGUAUCUGUAAAAAUUAACUAACUCUUAGCUAAUGAACCCUGUGGCAUAUAUACAUUUUUUUUUCUUGUCAAUCUGAACUACAAAAUGUGUUGAACAAUAUUCAUUUGACUUUACAAGCGAACCUUUACAAUAAAGGAUGUAUUUUGUACAAUAUUACUUAUACCCAUUACAGAAAUGUAAAGGGAAAAACAGUACUUAACUUAAUUUUUUUUCCUUCGCUUAGAAAUGGAUAGAUAGAUGUAAAACAGAUUCAAAGUCCUCAACAUUUAUAAACAUUUAGUCUUAUAGUGCAGGAUUCCCUUAGAUUACUGACAAGUUUUAUAUCAAAGAUAUACUUUUGUAAUGAAAAGGCAAGUCACAAGAGAAAAAAAGAAAUGUACUAGAGUAACUCCUCUCAAAGUAAGACGUAGCAAUUGCCAAACUUAAAAGUUGCAUUAGCAGUUGCUGCCGUAUAAAGUAAGUAUGGUCAUGGUGCUGCUUCUUGCAAAGGGCUUUACUAUGAUAAUGCAUUACCUCUAUAGUAAUCACAAUGCCUUUUUAUCAUUUGACCAGGAGUUUGAUGCAUUUCUAUAAUCAGUAACCUUUAGCAGACAGCACCAUGGUAAAGGCUUUUACACUCAAGGUUUUCCCUCCAUAUGUCUUGCUAUAAGAGGGUUAAUUUUGCAUUUCUGCAUGAAAAUCAUAUUUGCCUAUUGUGUCAUAAAUGCACUUUAAAUAAAUGAAUUCUCUCAUAUCAAAUCUGAAAGGUAACAUUUGAUAUCAAAAUAAGGACUAAUCCAUACAUGUACAACACUACACUAGAUGCAAGUGGCUCCCAAUUCAUAUUACAUAAACCUUUCAGUGGUUGACGUUAGUAGUCUCUAUGAAAGUUAAUGUUUUAAACAAUAUAAAUGUGCUAGACAUCAAAGGUCAUAUAGCACUAUGAAAGAUUACAAAAACAAAGGAUUCCAGAAAGUUUUUGUAUACUGUCACACUUUUUUAUGCCUUUGUUAACUUUAAAAUAAAUUAAUACAUAUUUUAUAUAGUAAAUCAAAACCUUGGGAACCACUGGAUUUGAUGUCUCAAAAGAUUUUUUUUCUUUACAUAUGAGCAUGAAACACCAUUUCUUUCUUUUCUGUAAUGAAGAAUUUUGUUUUCCAUAUGUAUUACUAAAAUUCUUGAAUGAUUUCCACUCCAUCCUUGCCCAAUACAAGUUUUGGUUAUGAUAUUCUUUUUAAAAUUAGCUUCAUCAGUAUUUAUUUAUGUUCACCUUGCUUGUUUUUUUGUUGUCGGGUGAAUCUUAACUAUGAAAUACGUGACACAUAUUACUUUCAGUAUAAUCACAGCAUCAAAAUGCCUUAAAAAUCAGGACACUUUUUAGCUUACACACUGACAAAUAUCACAUUAGAUAAAUUUCUUUUAGAAAAUGUAAUGGUAUUGCUUCAUCUUUUGUUAUCAAAGUUUUCUCUAACAUGCAGGGUAUGACUUCCACACAAGCUGAUCUGUCACCAUUAUUCUUUUGGAAUUUCGCUUUACACUUUAUAAAUUUUGUUCUUUUUCUCGAGUCUUAAUUCAGUAAUUAUUUUCAUUUGUUGUCAUUUAUGUAAAGAAAGUUUCAUUUUUAGUGUUGUCCUCUACAGUAUGAUAGCUAAAGUGUAAGAGACCUUUUACAGGGAACAGGCUACUGUUUUGUAAAUGCUGCUAUAUUUACUCAUUAAUUUCGCGUCAAUGUUUAAAAAUUGUCAGCUUAGUAACGUAAGGUCAAAUGAAAACCAGCGGUUGAAAUGUCAUUCCAUAUAUUUUAAGUGUAUAUUAUGUACAUAUUUUAUAAAAAGAGGUCAGACUUG